AUGGAACUACCAACCAACCGAGCCGCAUGGCUGAUCAAAGCCGACACCCCUCUCGAGAUCCGCGAGGCCCCGAUGCCCACGCCAGGUCCCGGUGAGCUGGUCGUACACAACGCGGUCGUGGGCAUCAACCAUGUCGACAACUGGAUGCUGGAGGCAGGCGUUUUUGUGAAGCAGUGGCCAACUGUCAUCGGUAAUGAUGUCGCUGGCACCGUGUAUGCCGUUGGCUCAGACGUAGAACGCUUUAAGAAGGGGGAUCGAGUCAUUGGACACGGCAUGACUCUCGUUACUGGCCGUCCCGAAGACGGCGCCUUUGCGCUAUAUACCAUCGUGAGCGCCGAUAGAGCAGCCAUUCUCCCCAACUCCAUCGCUUUCAAAGACGGUGUCGUCCUACCCUUAGCUGUAGGAGCGGCAGCCUGCGCCCUCUUCAAUCAGCAACCCGGUGAAGUGAUGCCCGGUGUCCCCCUCGCGCUUCUCGGCCUUCCAUACCCGUCUGUGCAGCGCCCCGUUCCAUCCUCGGGCAAGACUCUUGUCGUGUACGGCGGUUCCUCGACCGUGGGCGCCGUAGUCACCCAAUUAGCCACUGCAGUUGGUGUCACCGUUAUCACUAUCACCGGAGCGCACAACUUUGGCCUCAGUCAACGCUGCGGUGCAGUCGAAGUCAUUGACCAUAAGGAUUCUGCUAUCACAGAGAAAGUCGGAGCUGCUGUAGCCAAAUAUGGAGGCUUCAUCGGGAUCAUUGUCGCUAUUGCCACUCCCGACACCUAUCCUACCGCCCUUGCUAUCCUCGCCGCGCUUGGUGGAGGUCACCUGGCUUGCACGCACCCUCCUCCCGCUGAUGUUCCUGCCAACGUGAAGGCCAGCAUGAUCUUCUCUGUCAAUGAUGCGUCAAUACCUUUAUUUAGGGAUUAUUUGACUCCAGCUCUCGAGGCCGGGAAGCUGCUGUGCGUGCCGCCGCCGAUUGUGGCUGGGAAGGGCUUGGAGAGUAUUCAGGAUGCGCUGAAGAAGGCAAAGGCGGGUUUGAGUGCGGCAAAGAUGGUGGUGGAAUUGUAA